GUAGGCCAUGAUGGCUCAGUCACAAGCGUAAAUUUCAGCCACGACAAUAACUGGCUUCUGACGUCAUCAUGUGACAGGACAGUUAGACUGUGGAGUCAUAGUCAGUCGGAUCCUUUAUUGAUAUUGUCAUCUGUCAAUCAUAACUUUGCCACUGAAUUGGGUAGCUCUGCUAAGUUAAAGGUUAGUGGUUUGAUAUACUUUAAAGAUCCCUUGCCUGCCUCAGGGAGGCAACGAACUAUAACGAAGUGUAUGGGGGAGUCAAGAGAAGUCACGCGAAAACGUCACACGAAAGGAAACGCAGCUUCACCGCUCGCUUGUUCUCUUGCUGGUCGCUUUGCUCGCCAGAAUUGGAGGGCUUGAUGGCAAGCUAGUGAAAUCCAGUCAGUUUGGUUUGAAUUUCUUACCUCAUUAAGAUCUGAAGUGAGUAUAGCGGAGUAUAGAAAUAGAUUCAAAGAAGAUCACCGUAGUCAAGGAAGUCACUGCAUAAAUUGCGUUUUUAACUGCGAUGAUCUUCUCUACAUUCAUUCCAUUAAGAUUUGGUCCGAGCUAGUUAGACAAAAACCGGAGUCCCGAAAGAGAUGAAGAAAAAUUUAAGAUUUAUUUUCGGAAGUAAUUUUAAAGGUUGGGUUUCUUUAGAAUGAUCCGAAUCAGGACUGAUGAUCCAAGAUCACUCGGAUAGUGUGAUAGUGGUGCAAAAAAGGAAACGCUAAAUCCUUUCAUGCACUGAUCCGAGUGACCAUGAUAUAAACCGUAAUCUGCACCAUCUCGUAAGAACGCACACUGAACUUGUUGGUUACUGCAUCUUGGUUCUUUAUUUAUCGAUUUAUUUAUUUGUUUCUUUUCACAGGACAACCCAUUGUUUCCUAAAGAAAUAACCCAGGCAAAGUUUUAUUAUGUCGACAAAUUUAUCCUUCUUGCCUGCGGAAACGGUCUACACAUGUAUAAAUACCAUAUUGAUACCGGACACAAAGAUGACGUCAAAAGGUGA